GGUCUUUUGGGCAUACGCAUAUGCAGAGCAGACUGCUGGGCCAGAGUUCACGAAGUUCUUGGAGGCCACAGCCAGUGAAGCAGAAGCUCUUCCCAGUCUGGACUUGCUUCAAGACGCGUGCUCCAAGAUUCAAGGUUGGACUCAGACACUGCGGCCCAAUGCGACACUUCAGCUUGAGCAGAACUUGUUGGACUCUGUGCGGCGUCACAAGGAUGAGAUGAAGAAGCCAGAGAGCGAGCCCAGGAAAAAGGGGUGCAUGAACGCGAAGGAUGCACAGGAUCUUUGUGGCCUAUUGGCUGGAGCGGUGAGCAGCAACACCAUCGGCGCUGAGUUCAAGACCUUUUCUACUGAGCUAGAGGCCCUCGCCCAAGAAGAUGCAAAAAGGCAUAGGCAGGAAACACUUGACAAAGCCUUGGAGACCCUCCUCCUCACUGCGCAAAAAAACGAUGGGCUCGAUGAGGAGUCUGUCAAUGCGUUCUUGGACACUGUCCGCACAUGCAAAGACUUGCAGUUCUCUGCUUGGUCUGCAGAGGCGGCUCUUGCAGUGUUCCGCAAGAUCGUGAAGCUGGGGUGGUCAGAGCAAACAAGCUCACUUGGCAGCGUUGCCUUCUUGUUGGCCAGCUUUGUCCCAGAUACCUUGGAGCAUGAGCAGCAUCAGACUGCAAGUGGCCUUUUGAAGUCGAGCAUCGAACUUGGCAAAAGCACCGCUGCUUUGAAAGCUUUGGGGGAGUCACCUGAGACACGAGGACAAAGCGCGCAGUGUGGCAAAUGCGAGCAAAACUUGCAGGCAGCCUUGGCCAGAUGCAACAAGUUCCACAACAAGGCCACGGAGAGCCAGGAUGAUCUUUGCUACGAUUUCUUGAAGGAGAGUGGGCGCCUAAUCGAUGAGGGCAACAUGAUCCUGAAGCUCCAGGCGGAGCACUUCAUUGGCCAGGCAGAGCAGGAGGUGAAGAACGCAGAUGCGGACAUUGUGGAGCAGGCCAAGAAAUGGGUCCCACAAUUUGACAAAUUGGUCGAGAAACCGAUUACAGAACAUUGGAAGAAGUUGAAAGCAGCUCUUGCAGACACAGCCACUAUGAGCAGCAGAUUUGGGCGAGAUCCUUCUCAAAGUCCAGCCUACACUUCCGGCAAGGAGCUCUUGGACCAGGCCAUGGUGAUGGUUAGCGAGGCUCUUUUGACAAAGGCUUUGCUGUCCGAAGACCCAGCCGGACAAGUGUCCAUGCAGUUGAGGCGAAUGUCAGCCAACAAAGUCGGCACGAUCGCACAAGCGCUCAUGAUAGAGUGCAACCAAGUGGUGACAAG